UCUCCCUUGUGUGGCCUGAGUGACUCUAUGCCGUGCUUUCUCAUUCUCAUGUGGUUUAUCCUAGUGAGACAUGCCUCUUCUUUCUUACAGUUGUGCAAUAUGACAACUUAUCGCAGUUAUUGAUUCUUAUAUACCACAGUGCCUUAGGGAGGGUAGAAGGUGCUCUUUUUGACAGAGGAAGGUCUUUUCUUGAUAUGGCUUCAGAAAUCACUUAUGCAGAAGUGAAGUUCAAGAAUGAAUCCAACUCCUCGGGUACCUACUCAGAAUCUCCUGCAGCUCCCAGAGAGAAACACAUCCAUCGUUUAAGUAAGCCUGGUUCCCCCUCGCUUCCUUUUAUAUCCCUGAUGGUACUUCUCCUGGUGUUGGCAAUAACAUUCUUAGUUGCUUUUAUCAUCUAUCUGCAGUUGCUAAGCAGGAUCUUGCAAGAGAAAAGUGAACAAGGCAUGACGGAGAAAGAAUUGAGUGGGAAUUUUGAUGGGGAUUGCAUUAAAUCUGUUCUGAUAAUGGCAAAAAAAGUCUGGAGCUGUUGUCCAGAGGAUUGGAAGCCAUUUGGUUCCCACUGCUACUUGAUUUCCACAGUCACUUCAAAUAACUCAUCAUCAUAUUGGAUGGAAAGUGAGGAGAACUGCUCUCGCAUGGGUGCUCAUCUGGUGGUGAUCCAUAGCCAGGAAGAAGAGGAUUUCAUCACCGGGAUCUUGAACACUCGUUUGGCUUAUUUUAUAGGGUUGUGGGAUACAGGUGGUCGACAAUGGCGAUGGGUUGAUCAGACACCGUACAAUGAAAGUGCCACAUUCUGGCACAGAGGUGAGCCCAACAAUGACAAUGAACAAUGUGUUAUAUUAAAUCAUCGUUGGCAUGAAUGGGGAUGGAAUGAUAUCCCUUGCAGUCACAAACAGGAGUCAGUUUGUCAGAUGAAGAAAAUAUACUUAUGA